GGAUCAUAAACGCAUUUUGGUUUAGUUUGGUAUGUGGUGCCAGGCUGUGCUGUAGGAGGCAGCAUAUAAUCAAUUAUAAAAGUGAAACAUCCAUAGCUCAGCAAAAGCUUCCAGGAUAGUCAAUUUAUAUAGCUUAGGCCAGAACCCAAUAAUCAUUAACAACGAUGACCAGCAGCAGUUCCCCGUCUGUGAAUUCAGCAAACCAGUUUGCGUUGCUUCCGAAAAUUGUCAACGGAGGAAUAGCCGGCAUUAUUGGUGUAUCAUGUGUUUUUCCAUUGGAUUUAGUGAAAACGCGUCUACAAAAUCAACAAGUUGGACCCAAUGGCGAAAAAAUGUACAAGUCAAUGUUUGAUUGCUUCAAAAAAACCUAUAAAGCUGAAGGAUACUUUGGAAUGUAUCGUGGAUCGGCUGUCAAUAUCCUGCUGAUCACACCAGAGAAAGCCAUCAAAUUAGCAGCGAACGAUUUCUUCCGAUAUCAUCUGAGAACCAAAGAUGGUCAACUGCCAGUUACACGACAAAUGGCUGCUGGCGGUUUGGCCGGGUUCUGCCAGAUAGUUGUCACGACACCGAUGGAAUUACUCAAGAUUCAAAUGCAAGAUGCUGGAAGACUUGCUGCUCAGGCGAAGGAAGCUGGAAAAACUAUCCCGAAAACUUCAGCUACCCAAAUAGCCACGGAACUAUUGAAAACGAAAGGCAUCAGUGGACUUUAUAAGGGUACAGGUGCAACCAUGCUGCGAGAUGUUUCGUUUUCCGUCGUGUACUUCCCAUUGUUUGCCACUUUGAAUGAUUUGGGCCCACGUAAAGCCGAUGGAUCGGGAGAAGCUGUAUUCUGGUGUUCAUUUUUGAGCGGUUGUGCAGCUGGGUCAUUUGCUGCUUUGGCCGUUAAUCCAUUUGACGUCAUAAAGACGCGUUUACAAGCCAUCAAGAAGGCAGAAGGAGAGAUGCAAUUCAAUGGGGUCGCUGAUUGUAUAAAGAAAACUUUAACCAACGAAGGGCCUCAAGCCUUCUUCAAGGGAGGUCUCUGCCGUAUGAUCGUCAUAGCACCGUUGUUCGGUAUUGCCCAAACAGUUUAUUUCCUUGGAGUAGCUGAAUCCUUACUUGGAAUGAAACAAACCAAAGUGUAAACUAUCUUGAACAGAUAUUUCUGCAGCAUGAUGUUGUCGACAACGCUAAAAUAUCGUUAACAUAAUGUAUUGUGAAAAACGUAAAACGAGUAUCCAUUAGCAUUUCAAUUACUGGUAAAUUCAUAGUAUCGAUGUUUAAAGUAAUGAAAACACUUCUAUGCUAAAUGUUUCUGAAUGUUGAAAUAUGAAAGUGAAAAGUAUAAAGUAUUUCCUAUAUUUCCUUUAUUGUUCCUUGCCCAUUUUUUGUUGAACAGGCGGCCAUAAAACGACAAUAAAAAAAAAUUACUGCUGCAUUAUGUAUUGUAAAGAUGUUUGUAAAUUUAUCCGCCUAACGAAUGAUGGUAGAGAUCUAUAAGUUUCGUUGGGCAAAUGAGCCUUUUUUGCGGGCUUUAAGUGCACUAAUUAAUCAACUUGUGUUGUAAUAUGAUAGAUUAUUAAUCUUUUCCUUAGUUCCGAUUAUAUAUAUCUUCAAAGGAUUCAAUCUCAUUUCUUACUUUUCGUUUUCGCAAUAAUCCAAAGUGUGUUUGAAAAUUUACUAAAAUUGCGGUCAGUUAAAAUUAUUUCAAUUGAAAAAAUACAUACAAUGCUCGCUCAAAGCGAAAUAUACAAACGAUAAAAGACAAUAUGUGUAUGCUUUGAAAUAAACGGACGCUUGUCAAGGAAA